UCUCUCAUCCACUCCUACCACAGAAAAACCAAAAAGCAACAGCUGACUGCAAAUUCUUUCUUCCACCUCCGCACCCACUCUAAGGCAGGGCUCCUGUUGCUUGCUCCAUGCUUGACUGGCCUUUUUAUCUUUCUCCCUCCACCAGUCAGAGAGGAGAGGACUGUACAUAGGACCAUGGGGGGAGGGGAGAGGAAGGGGAGGGGGCAUCUGUGUCUGAAGCUACCCAGAAGCCAUUAGACAGCUGAGACGGAUGCAUCUGGGUCCCCAGACUUAGCAAGAGCAGCCCAGCCCUGCCACGCACACAAAUACACACACACACACACACACACACACACACACAACACAACACAUAGAGAACACUUUAUUCCUGACUGCCUGGACUCCCACACAGAAGAAGAGAGACUUGGGGGAAAAAAGCAAACGCUUACGUGCAAACCCCCAUUUUACCCCACCCCCAUCACUUCUAGUAAUCUGAGAGACUUCUUGGGCCUCCUUGGAUUUUCUUGGAGACUGGGGUUCUAUAAAGAUACCACCAUGGAGAUGGUGCUGACCUUUCUAUGCAGCCUGUUGGUUCCUCUGGUCCUCGCCAGUGCUGCUGAUCAGAAGAAAGAGCAAGAUCCUUUUCAUUAUGAUUACCAGAGUCUGAGGAUUGGAGGCUUGGUGUUUGCCGUGGUCCUGUUUUCAGUUGGGAUCCUCCUUAUCCUGAGUCGGAGAUGCAAAUGCAGCUUCAAUCAGAAGCCCAGAGCUCCUGGAGAUGAGGAAGCCCAGGCGGAGAACCUGAUCACUUCAAAUGCCACAGAACCACAGAAAGUCGAGAACUGAGGUGUACAGACGUCAGAUAAGAAGCCACCAAUCCCUAACGACCACUGCGCAACCCCAUAGAUACCAACGUUGAUGCUUAAAAAACCUGGAAACCACAGCAACAAAACCUUUCCCAGGAGAAGCCAAGAAGUCAUGUGUCCAUUCCCGUCCAUUUCCUCCCAAACCGGUCCAUGACUUUGCCAGACAAAUUGAUGCUCGUGCCCUCGUUAGCCCAUUGUCCUGUCUAACUCGUGUGAUGUGUCCGUGUGUGGGUGAUCAGCAUGGUCUUUGUGGCUCGAUGUUUGUGGACGAUAUCAUGUCCCUAGUAAAACUUGGACUAACUUCCCCCAGGGUCAGAAGCUGGGUCAUCCAUCCAUCACCAUGGUCUCCUCCUGUUUCCCAAGGGAUCAAGCGGUUCUUUGUCUUGAUUUGUAUGGAUAAAGAAGGGCGGGAGAUACCUUUCUGUCUAGUUUAAGUCUCCCAGAGGAUGGAAGGGUGGGUGAUAUAUGCAGUGCUCUUACUUUGUGGCCUUUCACCUCUCAUGCUUCUUCCCCACCUGUACAGCUCAGUAUUCUGCCCUUGGGCCUGGUCUGAGAAUGCCUAAGUGCUGGUCACAAGCCCAAGGCAAACUCGGAGCUGCAGCUCUUGCCUCUGGGGAAGAAUGGUCCCACUUUCCCUUUUCUCAGAAUCCUAGACAUUGAGAUGUCAUCUAGCUAACCCCUUAACUAGUGCAAUAAUUCUCCCUACAACAGUCCUGACAUGUGGUCUAUCAUCUAACCCUGCAUGAGCACCUUGAGUGCUGGGAAACUAGCAACUGUUCCAGGCAGGCUGUGCCAUUACUGGAUUGUUUUAAUUGUUAGAAAGCUUUCCCUCAUAUUUUGAAUCAAAGUCAACUCACCUCGACUCCAUCAUGGGUCUGGCCUUUAUCUCCCCUUUUUUUUCCUUGCUGGCAACUCCUAUCAUGGUCCUGCAUUUGCCACGCCCCAAGCUGGGAAAAGCCAGAGUGUCACAGUGACAUUUAGACAAAGCCUGUCUUUCCUCCCCGACCCCCACACCCCACCCCAAUCAAAAAGAAAGUGGAGGUUUUGAGAUUCUGUGGAUAGUUUCUUGUCUUGAUUUUCAGAAUCUCAGCAAUAGCCCAGCAUCUCUGAAGCCAACACUAUUCCCAAAUCCAAAUCUUGCUCUUGGGACUCCAAUUUUCUUCUCCUGGUUUCAGCUAAACUCAGAACUUCUGUCCCUUGUUUAGUGUGAAACAGGGGUUGUGGCAGGAAUUGAUUAUUGUGGUUUACUGGGGGCACUUGGUCUCCCCGACCUAUGGAGGCUAUCUGUUCCCCGUUAUCAUCUUCUCUGCUGUGAAUGAGCAGUGCUAGAGUGAAAGCUAGAGCUGGGGAAAGAGAAAAUGUGGGGGUCAGGGGAGAUAGAGAGGAAGAGAAGAGAAGAGAAGAGAAGAGAAGAGAAGAGAAGAGAAGAGAAGAGAAGAGAAGAGAAGAGAAAGAGGGUCUCCUAUCCCACCAAUCACCCUGACUUUGAUCAAGGCACCUUCCGAUGCCUUUUUCUUAGUAUCAGCCCUUCUAUGUUUGCUGUGCACACUGCCUCCUGUACUCAGAAUGGUGGUGGUGGUGGUAGCUUAGGUGGAGACUGCAUGAGGUGGCUGUUUUUGUUCUCUCAAAAGUCUAGUCAUUAUUGCCCAAAUAUGUGUCAUAACUGGUGAGACCCUGAGUGUUGUAAUGUGAAUGGGAAAAAAAAGCCACAAUCUGCCUCCCCACCACCCUUGUGUUCUUGUGGAAAUUGAGCAAACCGUUGUAUUCUGUAUUGUGAUCUAGAUUCUCCUGAAGAAAAAAAAAGAAUAAAAUAUCAUUUCUAUCCAAGAAA